GGCUUCACACCUCCAGUCUUGGUGUUUGUCCAAUCUAUUGAACGGGCUAAAGAGCUGUUUCAUGAGCUUGUUUACGAAGGCAUCAAUGUGGACGUCAUCCAUGCAGACAGGACUCAACAACAGAGAGAUAAUGUAGUGCGCAGUUUCAGAGCUGGGAAGAUCUGGGUCCUUAUAUGCACUGCUUUGCUGGCUCGAGGGAUCGACUUCAAAGGAGUGAACAUGGUGAUCAAUUUUGACUUCCCCAGCAGUGCCGUGGAAUAUAUCCACCGGAUAGGUUUGUUCUCACCAUCUGCCUCCUGCCUUUCAUGCCUUGUUUUGUUCUCUUUUAGCAUAGCCUCCGUUAUCCAGAGAGCUGGUUGUCCUGUCCCGGAUUACAUAAAACACUUUCGCAAGCUGCAAAGCAAGCAAAAGAAGAAAUUUACAAAGAAGCCCUUGGAAAGGGCGCACAUCCUUACUUCUCUUAAGUUCUUACAGAAAAAAGCCAAGAAAAACAAGACACUUGUCCAGAAAAUGAAAAAGAAGAACUCCAAGGAAGUCCAAAGUAAUAAUUCUCAGAAACGGGUGACUCCAGAAAAUUAAUUCAGUUGCUUUGUCAAAAUAAACAAGGAUUUUUUUGAUCUUUGCAAGAAGAAUAAACCCGAGGAGCCCUUUUUUGAUGGACAAAUAUUUUGAUUUUGCUUCUUUGAUAUAUGUAGGUUACUGUUUUUCUACUUUACCUUUAGCUACAGGAUACCUCAUCCCCCAGCCCCUGAUUAAGGGGGGACUUAAAUCAGAUCAUCAUCCUUGGGUAACAGUGUGAUGGUGCUAAUGCAAGUGUCAUACCACAGAAAGAUACCCAGAUGCAGUCAUCAUGGGCACAGAAAGGAUUCUGGAUGCAAAGGGACUCCUCUUACGAUAAAUGACUCUCAGCUCAUAAUAAAAGGGAGAACUUCUACUACUAAUCUUUGUCAUUGAUUAUGGGAAAUCAAAUAUUAGAAUGUAGUAACUGGUUCUGUGGUGGGAAUGUAAGGAUAAGGCACAAUUGUAGCAAUCUUUUGUGCCUUUAUUGCCUGAAGAGUGGAUUAAAAAAAUCAAUGGGAAGAUGGAAAAGACCUCUUCAAGAAUUCAGAUAGUUUGCAAAAAUUAGGAAUCUGGUAGCAUCUUUUCAGACUAACACGUUUUAUUAAAGAGUAGAAGUUUUCAUCCUUUUUGAAAAAUUCCUGAGCCUGAAAAAGUACUAUCAAACUUGAUUGUUGAAUACCAUUAAAGAUUAACAGCUAUCCCACUUUGAUUUGCAAAAAAACAAUCCACAAUAAUUCACUGACAACUGUUGAGUCUUUGAGAUUAUAAAACCUAAAACCAUAUUCUCAAUAACCUGGGUCCAAGUGGUUGUGUUGUUAAAGUAUUAGUUUGCAUUUUGGUGUGUGUUUAUGUGCAAUGUUAUGAUUAAAUGUAGUAUAAUGGGAGGUUUUAUAAUCAUCAGUUCCUGCCAUCCUAAUUUCCAACUGGAAUUGCCAUACAUUCUAGCUUAAGCAUGAGAUUUUAACUUUCAUAUCCCUAUCUUUGGGACAGAUUUCUUGUGCUUUUAAAGUUGGAUGCUUAAGGAGGGAAGCAGAUGGGAGAUACUGUUUCAAGGUAGAUGAAUGUCAAAACUACAGGAUCUGUGUUUAUAUUUUCCCACUUCGACGGAGUCUCUGAAAAUGAACUUCAAUUGCAGUCAA